AUGGUGUCACGCGUGCUCACAGUGGGCGAUGGAGACUUGUCAUUUUCCUUGGCCUUAUCCCGAGCAUUUGGAGAAGCACUGCAGACUACUGCAACUACAUGGCUCACGUGUGAAGAACUUUGCAGUCGGUACGAGUCUGCCGGAAGCACGAGGGAGGAGCUUCUUUCAUCUGGAGUGUGUGUUCUUCACCGGGUGGAUGCAUGCAACCUCCAGUUGGCGGAACUUGGGUGCGCUGCUUCUCCCUUCGAUGUGGUGAUUUUCAACUUUCCUCAUUUGGGAGACGUCGCAGAAGACUGCCAUAGCCCAGCAAGCGAGCACGUGAAACAGCACCAGGCGUUGCUGGCGCACUUCCUUCACUCUGCGAGCUCGGUCACCUCGGAAGUGCACCUGACCCUCUGUGGCGAGCAGGCCAGCCUGUGGGACCUUCAUGGUGCUGCUGAACGGCUGGGCUGGAAGGAGUCUCGGAGGUAUGCUCCAAUUGCGGUCGAAGAUUUUGCUGUGGGGAGGCUGGCCAGCUUGGUUGCUGUUCCGGCCGAGCCCACUUGGAGAUGCAGAAGAAAGUGGCGAAACGGCUCCUUGGGUUUUGUCCAUUGGGCAUCGCGGUAUGGCUAUGAACACCGACGCCACGAAAGUGAGCAGCUUAUGAACAUCGGCAAUUGCACAACUUUUGUGUUCCAAACCUCUGAUGCUGGUAAAGCACCAUGCACCUUGGCUGAUGCACAUGCUGUGCAGCAUCAGUGUAAAAUCUGCGGGCAAGAGUGCCAGGAUGGUGAGACUUUGGCCCAACACUUGCUUCUGCCCGCAUCACCAGCGGCUUCAGCACAAAUCCAGGUGUGCCAAAGGUGUUCCAAAGCCUUUUCCUCCCAACGUGCCUUGCAGCAGCACGUUGCCUCAUGUGGCUCAAUCCAGGCUAAGGCGGCUAAGGAGAAAGACUUGAAACAGGGCAACGGGUAUGUUGGAGAUGCAGGGAUGGGGCUGGUGGUCUCUGUUGAUGUUGUGGUGGAGUUGGAAGGUGAGCGACUUCUACAUUUUGCACGUCAAAUGGACACUUUAAGGAAACAUCUUUCCACAAAGUCUUCAGCGAAGCGAGCCAUCGAAGGAGGUGAAUUGACACUGAAUGGUGAAAGAGUCGAGGAAAGCCGGAAGCUUCAUCCUGGCGACGUGGUGCGGUUGCGUUUGAACAAGGCGCGUGAAAUUCAGGAGUCCACAGUAGCUCGGGCACGGGCUGUCAAACUGGUCACCCUGAAUUACGGAGGUCGAAAACUCACCGCUGAUUCCGCUUUAGACGCUGGCUCUGCUGUAGCAUGGCAAGUCAUUCGUUCCGUUUGCCCAGAUGGUGUGGCAAUUGUUUGGAAGCCGAGUGGGAUGAGGAGUCUCGGAAGCCAUGCGGGUACCUUGCAAACAUCUUUGCCUUGGCUUCCUGAGCUGCAAGACAGUUUCAAUCCUUUUCACGUUUCCCCGACCCCCUUGAGCCGACUUGAAAUUGGAUGCAGCGGCUUGUCCCUAGUGGCCUUGAACGAGCCUGUGCGAAGCGAGCUGUAUCAAUACCUGCUGGCUGGCUGCGUCACUCAUGUGUUCAAAGCUUUGGUGCACGGCCGUGCCGGCUCUGAGGGAGAGACCCGGAUGUUGAACUGGAGAGGAGCUACUUGGAAAACGCCACAUGCGGAAGAAGAAUUUGAGAAAGAGAGUUUCCCAGAGCAAGAAGGUGACAGUGAAGUGUCUGAGGGCACAAGAGGGAAAGAAGACGCAAGGGUUUCUGAAUGUGUUGCUUCAGAACCACCAAGCCAAGUGUGUCUUCACGUCGUCAGUGUGCAGAGCGUUGGAGCCUCUGAAGCUGUGAUGAGCACAAUUGAACUCAGCACCGCUUCCGCUUGUGGCAGGUGUUGCGGGUCGUUAUGCUACCUCAUGCGCAUGCAUGGGACUCCGGUGGUUGGAGAUAUGCUGGCACGAUCCGCUCGAACUGGAGGACAAUCGCAGCGGCGCAACAUUCUCGGAGGUGGAAAGAGGAAACUGCAGAUCGAGUGUGUUGGCAUUAUGGCCCGUACAAGAGAACGGGGCUGCUUUCUUGACGUGUGCAUCUCUCGCACGGGGUAG